AUAAAAAUCUUGUACUUAUAUUUGAGUGUCCCAUGAUAAACUUGAAGAUUAAAACUUCAUAUAGUGGCCUAGGAUAUUAGGGGUCAAAGAACAAGAAAAGUUACUGGGGCAGUCCACUGCAUUUAAUGCAUAGGCCAAAAAAAAUUCAUAUAAAUAAAUUUUUAAGGGUGAAAAAUAAUAAAUUUUCAUUGCAUUACUUGUUCACUUGUUGCAUGUCUUUUGCAGCUUGUGAGAUUCAAAAAGCAAAAGAGCAAAACUUUUCAAGAGACAGAAACACACUCUUCACAGAAUUUAGCAUGCCUUGUGUUUGUAUUAAUUCCAAAGUCACAUUCCACCUUAUACCUUAACAAGACAAAAAGCUUCUUCCUUCAGUGCUCACUUUUUUUCUUUUCUUUUUAGUCAUGUCUACACCUUCACCACCCACUUUCAAACCUAUGCAAAGUUUGAGUAUGGUGGGAGUGGCUUCAUUGAACACUUAGAAUAAAACAAAGAUCAUAUAUUCAUCAUAUUCUGCUGAAAAACAAGGAGAAGAGAUGAUGAAUCAGAGUUCAAUUUGAGAGAAUGGGGAAUGAAAGGUAGAAUAAUCAGCAGAGAGAACACCAACUCAAGAAGGUAUUCAGGAUCAUACAUGAGAAGCUUUAGAGAAGAUACAAGGUCUUUCAGAUCAAACAUAACCAUUUCUAGCACAGCUUCUUCACCAGGAUACCCUUUAAAAGAUGAAAUAGACCCUUCAACAUACUCAUUCACCACUGCUCUUAAAGCAUUGCAAGCAAAAGCAAGCUAUAACAGUUGGGAAUGCUUAUCCCCAGAUGGGUUUGCGUUGAAUUCAAAGUGGAAUGAAGCAGAAAAGUACAUAUGCAACCCUCUCUCAGGAGAAGUACCAAUGGAGUGUCUAUCUGCAAAAACUCUUAGUGGAAGAUCAUUCAGAAGUUUCACAAACAGAAUCACCAUGUCUGCUCCUCUAGUUUAUUCCUCUUCAAGACAUAUUCAAGCCAAACCAUCUAGUCUCAUAGAAGAAGAUGAAGCAGCUCCUCCUCAAUACCCCAUUCCAGAGAAGAAAAAAGAGGGAAUGACAAGAGAUGUUGGUGUUCAAAGCACACCUCAAUAUCUUAGUUCAAGCAGUCCUAGCCCUGCUUCAACACCUUCAAUCAUAGAAAGGUCAAAAAAUAGAGCUGCAGAUUCACCUAAUUCAAAUGCCAAAACAAAAUCCGAAGAAGAGGUGGAAGUGAAAGAUACAGAAACAUGGGAGACAAAAGAAACAGUUCAUCAUCAAAGAGGAAAGAAUGAUUGGAGCAAACAUGAAGAACAACUUUGCAGAAGGCAAGGUGGUUGCUUUUCUUGGAUGAUGAGGAAGAAUAGGCAGAGAGACACUGAAAAACAAAGAAGAAAUAACAUCUUUCUCAUCCACUUCAAAGGUUGCUAAAAUAAAUAAACAAAUAAAUAAAUAAUUGUAAUUCAUGAUGACAUGAUUGGUUUUUCAUUUGAAAAACAUCUAAACUAUAUAGUAGUUUAGAUAAAAUUAGAAUUAGUCUCUUAUAAGUUUAUUUUAAUUUUGAUAUGCUUAAAAU